CAACCAGACAGCCGCCCUUCUGCGACUGUUUAUGAGUUGCGAUUGGCCUGUCUCUGACCUAACAUCGCGACGAUCUGAUUCAUUGACCCGCCAGGCAUUUUUUCCUUCCUGCCACUGACCUGCGAUCGCGGAAGGUAUCAGUCUGACCUUGACCCGCCCCCGUUCUUCAGACCGCCCCCCCUUUUUACAGCUCGGAGUCGUCAUGACGACGCCCUUCCAUCGGUCCGCGGCGGAAGAUAUCGCGACUCUCUUGCGGCAGCGGGAGACACGGGAGGCCGUAAACCGUAGCGCCGAUGGAUCUCCGCUGUCCGUUUGGCAGCGGCUGCUGCCCGAACCGACCGAUGGAUUAGACGUAGAUUCGGGGGAGAGAGAAGCGGAACAGUCUCUAGACGGUGUUAUGAGAGACAGUAGCGCGAAGAAGGAGAGGGAAAAAGAGAGAGCGGGAGAGGGGGGUAGGGAGGGCGAGUCGGAGGACGAAACGGAUAGGCAGAUGGAAAGGGGGAGGGAGAGGGAGAGGGAGGUGAACAUACGGCACUCGGUUGUGGAAAUCGACGAGAAAACUCCGCUACUCGCGCCACUCAAUAGCGGAGAUUUGGUGGGUUACGGCGCGAGGAGAGAGGGACGAGACGGGGAAGCUAGGGUGGGGGGCAUGCAGAGAAGCGGGGAAGCAAGGGAAAUCAUGGUUAUAGAGUGAGGCAGAGGAGGAGCAGGAGGGCGAGGAGGCGGGGUAGGAGAAAGUGGAAAAGUGAGUGGUUUAGAUAUGUCAGGGGGGAAUGCAGGUGUGGUGGCUCAAAAAGCAGGGCAUGGGGCUGGGGAGGAGGAGGAAGAGGAUCAGCCGCAGUGCAGAAUAUAACAACAUAUAAGAUAUGUUUGACACACCCCCUAGACUGGAUAUGGGCAGUGCCUGGUGAGAGACAAGUAGCUCAGGGUGGCACUACUAGUCCAACCUCUGAGAUAAGGGUCUGAAGACCAGUCAAACGAGUACAGACAAGGCAAGAGAAAAACCAGGGCGGCACUACUAGUCCAGCCACUGGGAAGAGGCCACAAGGCCAGUCAGGGUAAUAUAUAUUAAGGUCUGUACACAAUCAAGGUCCUAGCAAAUG